CACUGACGGGCACUGAUAGGUGGCACUGACUGGCAUUGAUAGGUGGCACUGACUGGCAUUGAUGGUUGACACUGAAAGGCAGCUCAGAUGGGCACUGAUAUGUGGCAUUGAUGUGGCACUGAAAUGCGGCACUGAUGGGCACUGGCAGGUGGCAUGGAUGAGCACUGAGAGCUGGCACUGAUGGACACUGACAGGUGGCACUGCUGGGGCUACACAGAUCAUCAGGGCACGCUGAUCAUCAGUGCUCUGAUGAUCUCUGUCAGCGUGACAGCUCAUGGGGAGAGAAAUGCCCAUAACCGGCAUUUCCCUGUUUACAUGUGAUCAGCUGUGAUUGGA